AUGCUUAACACCUCCAUACACUGCCGAACUGCAGACGUGCAGUAUAGGCCGAUUGGAUGUCCCGUGCAGCUCCUCGGCAACGAAUCGUUUGGUGUCGGCCGCUUUCCUCGUUCCUAUGGAUCUUCGUUUCGGAAUUCUGAGCAACGAAGCCUCCCUGAGUCACUUCGAGCAGUUGUACCGAACUAUCUUUCAAGAGCGCAGAAAUGCAUCCCUACCGCAGCACUGUCCCGUACAACGCGAUUAGGGACAGAUGCCAUCGCUCCGGGGUGGUCUGCUUCUUUACAACACAAUACCAUGCAUAGCGACCCUCGAGUAAUGGAAGCAAACGAGCAUAAGUUGCCGACUUCGCGGGAGGUCGUCGGAAGUGCGAAAAGAAAUUCUACUAGCGACAUCGCGUCAGAACGGAGUCCAGGAAGAACAUUUGUAAGAGACAGAACGCCUGAAACGGGACGGAACAUCGUGAGAAGGGGUAGGCGCACCCCGCACCCUGCACGUGAUAUAUCCGCAGUGCGCGCUGCAACUCUGGGUCCUGCCAUCGUACUUCUCCGCGGCAACGAUCGAGAGCGGCGCAGGUUUAUGACAGAACUACACGCAGGUAAUGCCAAAUUGAGUAUCGAGCAAUUCAAUGAAAUCCUAUCGGCGAUGCUUCGCAUGAGACGAGUGCGAGACGCUGCUGCCUUCACCCAACUCUGGGAUCGAGAACCAUGGCUAAGUAUAUUACGCAAAGAUAAGGCUACCAAGUCAUACACAAUCAUGAUUGACGCUUACGGGAAAUGCAAUCAGCUUGCCCGAGCGUUUACUCUGUUUUAUACCAUGACUAGGGUGGGCCCCAAGCCGAACGUCGUCACAUUCAAUGCUAUGAUCGCUGCGUGCGCCCGUAACAACGAACCAAACAUGGCAUACGAAGUUUUUGAAGAGAUGCAAGCUUCACGGAUCGCCCCUGAUAAAUUCACAUUCGGCUCGCUCAUUGAUGCAUGUGCGAAGAGUGGACAGGUGGAGCGGGCGUUCGAAGUAUCGAGGCUAAUGGAUCAGAGUGGGGUCGUCAAGGACCAAACGAUUUAUUCUGCUCUUAUGGACGCCUGUGGUCGCGCGAAGCAGCUUGAUCGAGCGUUAUUGCUGUAUGAAGAAAUGAAGCGGAACGCAGUGUGGCCGAACCUUGUCACAUUUGCCGUACUCAUCGAUACAUGUGCAAAUGCCAGACGUCCUGAUAGAGCGUUUCAAUUGUUUUCAGAGAUCAAGCAUUGGGGCUUCCCACGUGCCAACGUGGUUGUGUACACCGCAUUGAUUGACGCGUGCUCGAAGGCUGGAUGGCCAGAGCGAGCGGAGCGAGUGAUGGCAAACAUGGUUGCAAACGGAAUUCGCCCCAACGAAAUCAGUUUUGGUGCCCUUAUGGACGGCUGGACGAAAGGAGGACAAAUCAAUCGCGCUUUUGAGAUCAUCGAGCGUAUGGUGAAUGUUCACGAUGUACUUCCAAACGCAGUCUUGGUCGGUGGACUAAUAGACGCCAGCCGGCGGCUGAACGAACCUGGCCGUGCCAAGCCCAUUUGGUCAGUAGUGAUGAAGUACAACAUUCGACCAUCGCGAACGUACUAUCCCCCUCUAAUAGCAAUGGCAGCUCGCAGUGGAGACCUUGAUGUUGCUUCUGCAAUAACGUUACAUGCGUACGCUCGGGGCUCCCUGCGACGAGUGGCGCUGAACAGUGAGAAUCCCACCCUUUAUGCGAUGGCAUGCGCGAUUGCGUACUUGUUGCAUUCAAUCCGAACAGAUACAAAGAGCAGCCAAGAAGUCAAAAAGCAGCACUUGAAUCGCCUUCGCGUUGUUUUCAAUUCCACUGCUAUGAGACCAGAUCAGCUCACACGGCUUUCACCGGAGGCAGCUUACCAAUGUUGUACGUCCUGGAAUCACACGGAUUCGAGACAGACGCGAACUGAACGGCGGUACAAUGGUUCCCCAAGAGAAAGAAGCCCUGCUAUGAGGCGGACGGUCGGGAAGUUCACUGGAAGGGGACAGCAGAGAACGAACGCAAUGAGGAAGCAAAACCGCUCCGAAGUCGAUAGGACGACCAUGGGGUAA